AAGUGUACGUCCUUGGUUUCGCCUUGGCAAUCAACACACGACCACCAACCUCCCGUUCGAUUCCGGUUCGAGUGAGAAAACAUACAACGAGUGCUGCGAAAAGGACGCUUCAACUGGAACCAUGAGCCGCGCGCCGGUAGGCCGGAUAUGGCCACUGGUUGGCAUAGCGAUUGUUGUAGUGCUUGAUCUUGCUGUUGCUGUGGAUCGGAGCAACUUCAAAACCUGCGAGCAAAGCAGUUUCUGUCGCCGGCUUCGAUCGCUAAACGCGCAGACGAGUGAGGUUGUCGCGCUGCCCGAGACACUGCAGCAGUUCAAGCAGCACAUCACGCUCAACUUGCGCCACCAACGGACCCUGCACGAGUACACACUGAAGCUGGCCUGUCUGCGCGGAGCGAACACCUUCCACCUGCAGGUGGACGAGCUGGAACCGCUGAGCCCGCGGUAUCGCGUGACCGAUGCGCUGGCCCAGGAACCGCAAUACGGUCCGACGAAGGUGGAGGGCAGCUCGGGCACGCUUAUCAUGGUCGCGUGUGGUGGUGAACCCGAGCUCGAAACGAAAGCCGCCAUCCAAAUUGCACCGUUCAAGAUCGACUUUUACCGCAACGGGGUGCUGGUGGUGUCGGCCAACGGUAAGGGCAUGAUGCGGUUCGAGCACCGACGCUCGAAGCACCAGCAACCGGCGGAGGAGGAGGGCGACGCCGGGAACGGGAAAGCGAAUGGCGACGAAACGGUAGCGGCUGCCACCGAGAGUGACGAUCCUGGGGCGUGGGAGGAAAAUUUUAAAUCGCACCACGACUCCAAACCGAAGGGCCCGGAAGGGAUCGCGCUCGAUUUCACAUUCGCCCAGGCGAAGAUCCUGUUCGGUAUCCCCGAGCACGCGGACAGCUUUGCGCUGAAGCACACCGCCACGAAGGACACGGAUCCGUACCGGUUGUACAAUCUCGACGUGUUCGAGUACGAGCUGAACAACGGCAUGGCCCUGUACGGUUCGAUCCCCGUCCUGUACGGCCACGGUGAGUCCGGCACGUGCGGUGUGUUUUGGCAGAACGUCGCCGAAACGUGGGUGGACAUUUUCAACGACAACCAGGAGGCGAACGUGGUGUCGUCGCUAGUGAACCUCGUCCGCUGGAAUAGCCAGGCCGAGCCGCCGGCGGCUAACUUUAUCUCCGAAACCGGCAUCGUCGACGUGUUCGUGCUCCUCGGCCCGUCCCCGAACGACGCGUUCCGCCAGUACACCGAUCUCACCGGGCGCGCCCCGCUCCCGCAGCUGUACGCGCUCGCGUACCACCAGUGCCGGUGGAACUACAACGAUGAGCGCGACGUCCAGACGGUUGCGGCGAAGUUCGACGAGUACGACAUCCCGAUGGACACGAUGUGGCUCGACAUCGAGUACACCGACGGCAAGCGCUACUUCACCUGGGACCACAACAAGUUCCCGCACCCGGUCGAGAUGAUACAGAACCUGACGGCCCGCGGGCGUCACCUGACAGUCAUCAUCGAUCCGCACAUCAAGCGGGAUAGCGGUUACUUCUUCCACAACGAGUGCACCGACAUGGGCCUGUACGUGAAGAACAAGGACGGCGGCGACUACGAGGGCUGGUGCUGGCCGGGGGCGGCCAGCUAUGUGGACUUCUUCAACCCGGACGCCCGGCGCCACUACGCCGACCAGUACCUGCUGGAGAACUUCCGCGAGCAGACGAACACGGUGGGCAUCUGGAACGACAUGAACGAACCGUCGGUGUUCAACGGCCCCGAGGUGACGAUGCUCAAGGACAACAAGCACCACGGCGGCUGGGAGCACCGGGAGGUGCACAACCUGUACGGCCACCUGCAGCUGGUGGCCACGUUCGACGGGCUGCUGCGCCGUGGUCAGCACACGCUCCGCCCGUUUAUCCUGACCCGGUCGCACUUUGCCGGUAGCCAGCGGUACGCGGCCGUGUGGACCGGCGACAACAUGGCCGAGUGGGGGCACCUGCGCGCCUCCGUCCAGAUGUGCCUGGCCCUGUCGGUGGCCGGGUUCAGUUUCUGCGGCGCGGACGUCGGCGGCUUCUUCGGCAACCCGGACGGGGAACUGUUCUCCCGCUGGUAUCAGGCGGCCGCCUUCCAGCCGUUCUUCCGUUCGCAUGCCCACAUCGACACGAAGCGGCGCGAGCCGUGGCUGUACCCGGAGGACGUGCGGCUCGUGAUUCGGGAUGCGAUCCGCAAACGCUACAAGCUGCUCCCACUCUGGUACACGCUCUUCUACGAGCACGAACGGUCCGGGCUGCCGGUGAUGCGUCCGCUGCUCGCGCACUACGGCCGCGAUGCCAACGCGUUCGCGAUCGACCACCAGUUCCUGCUCGGCGACCAGCUCCUGGUGGCGCCCGUCCUCGAAGCGAAACCGGCCGGCGGUAGACGCGAGGUGUACUUUCCGGUGCGCGACGAUGGGCAGCCGGAAUGGUGGUACGAUUGUGACACGUACCGGCGGCACGCAACUGUCGGCAUCGAAGCGAUCCCGGUCGACGCCUACAAGGUGCCGGUGUUUCAGCGGGGCGGCACCAUCGUGCCGCGCAAGGACCGGUCACGCCGGGCCAGUCCGAUGAUGCGCCGCGAUCCGUACACGCUCGUGGUCGCGCUCGAUCGCGACGGCACCGCCCGCGGAACGCUGUACAUCGAUGACGAAACGAGCUACGAGUACCGGCGCGGUCAUUAUCUUUACCUCCAGUACGAGUACCGCGACGGUACGCUGAGCAGUAGCAAAAUCGAUAGCACCGCCAGCUAUCCGACUGAGGCAUGGGUCGAACAGGUCGUGUUUGUCGGGCUACCGCAAGCUCCGACUGGCGCCAUCGUUUACAGCGAUGGCAGCGGCAAAUCGGCCCCGCUUGAGCUGAUCCGCGAUCCGUCCGGCUACGAGCCCGGUACGGUUAUUGCGCGCCGACCGCACGUCCUCAUGGGCAACGCUUGGUCCAUCAAGCUGCAGUUCUAAAACGUUGCACCCGGUGACAGGAAGUGAUAGGGCAUCCUGCAGUGGAUUGUGCCGAAAACAGUUUGUCCCCCCUCCGUACUUCUCCCCGGUAUCGGUGUUGCACAUAAUGCGCGUAGCGUAUCGUAUUCCAAACUGCGCGCAAUACUCUAGGCAACAUUUAGGCCGCUCGUAGUGCACUGUUUCUCCGUUCAUUCGUUUCAUCAAUUGGCUGCAAUUGGCACACAAUGUGAAGUAGAAAAUAGCAAGCUUAGCGUUAGGCAACAGCACACGUUAUCCACCGUGGGUGCGUGAGUGUGCAAUCUAAAACUGCAAUCGAA